ACUGCACUACGCCCAUCUAGGACAAUAAUCACAUUGAAGUCAGAGCAGAAACCUUUCCUCUUGAAGGCCAGGCCGGAAGCACAGAACACUAGGUGGCUGGCCAGUGUGGUACUAAAAAGACUGUAAGAGGCUCCAACUCUAGGUCCUAGAUCAUUCUAACAUCUACCAAAACCAUGUCACUGAAAAGGGAUUCACAGUUCCAAGGCUCUGAUGCCUUGUUGCCUGGCAAAGGGCACUCUCCAGGCUAUGGCAUCAAUGAGAGCGCUGACUUGAGUAGAUCCAAUGUUGACAGUUCCGGGAGGUCUGCACCUUCCGUGAUCCAGUCAAUUGUCAACCCCUCCAGUGGGGAGAGAGUGUGGGCAGUGGCUAUGUGCUCCAUCAUUGCUUGUAUUGCUGCUAUUGUCAAUGGAAUCGUCAUCGGGUACUCCUCACCAACUCUGUCCCAGCUUAGCAUCAAUGAUACAAGACUGCACGACCAUGGCCACUAUAUUGAUCAAGAAAGUACCAUUGCCAGCAUGUUCGCUGCAUGCAGUGCAAUUGGUGCCAUCUUCGGUGGUCCUAUUGCUUGGCCCUUGUCUGAAAAGUUUGGACGACAGGCUACUCUGAUGCUCAGUGGACUGCCAUCGGUCAUUGGAUGGGUGCUCAUCGCUAAUGCUCAUCUGUUAGAACAGCGUGCAGGGUUUGUGGCUAUGCUUCUCAUUGGACGAUUCCUGACUGGGGUUGCUGUAGGCUGGUCAAUCUUUGCAAUCUCGGUGUACAUCUCUGAAAUUGCUUCAGCUAAACUGAGGGGACUGUUUGGGAACUGUAAUCAACUGUUUAUCACCAUUGGUGUCUUCAUUGCUGAUUUGUUUGGGAUAUCCUUCAACGAUUACAUUGUACCCUACUGGAUGGUGGCUUUGGGUGUGGCUUUUUUGAUCUUUGUGUUUGAAGUAUUGAUGCUCUUCACGUACGAAACACCUCGAUGGCUUUUCAGCAAAGGUGAUGAGUUUCAAGGAAUCCAUGUUUUGAAAAUUCUCCGUGGACCAAAUGCAAACAUCACUAAGGAGAUUGAUCGCACACGACAUGCUCUUAGGAAGACAUACUCUCUGAGAGAACAAUUUAUUGAGUUUAAGAAUCGGUCGGUGUACUUCCCUUUCAUCAUUGCACUGUUCCUAAUGUUCUUCCAACAGUUCAGUGGCAUCAAUGCAGCCGUUUUCUUUGCUGCUCCAAUUUUGGAAAAGAUGGACUUCGAUUCUCCUACUGCAAACAUCAUUGCAUUGGGAGCUGUUGGAGCUACACAGAUCAUUGCUACUCUUGUUGCUGUUAUUCUCGUUGAUUUCCUGGGCAGGAGAGUUCUGUUACUUGCCAGCGGAUUCGGAAUGGCCGUGAGCAGUUUGAUGUUCUCUGCCUUCUUUAUUGCACUCAACAUAUAUCAUGUGAAUGGUAAGACAAUAGGACCGUUGGGUAUAGUUGGCAUGGUUUUCUUUAUUGCAAGUUUCUCCCUCGCCUGGGGCCCACUUCCGUGGUCAAUGAUGUCUGAACUUCUACCAAAUCGUGUUCGCUCCCUAGCAGGAAGUAUUGCUACUCUUGUCAACUGGACUUUCGCAUCGAUUGUAACGGUUGCUUUUCAAGAUUAUCAAAAGGCAAUCACUCCACAGUAUGCUUGGUUAUCGUUUGCUGUUGUCAUGUUUGGAAGUAUCAUAUUUGUGCUUCUUUUUGUACCGGAAACCAAAGGUCGAUCACUUGAGGAGAUUCAAGAGCACUUUGAGAAAGGAGAAAUUUUUGCUUUGUCGUGCCUUCGAAGGAGAUCCAAUGCAGUUCAUGUUCAGAGUGAUCACAACAGCAGGUUGUCUGUCACAUCCGUGAGUGGCUAUGGAACAGCUAAUUAAUAGUAAACAAACUGAACCACCAAGUGUAAAAACGUACGAUUGUGUGUAAUGUUGAUAGCUUAUUAUGUGCGGUAUAGGUUGGACUACAUAAUUAUAUAUUAUAGAUCUAGAUCUCUUGUAAGUUUUAUUUUUAUGUAUUGCUUCAAUGUGUCUACUUAAAUUCCUCAUGAAAAGGGGAUUGUA